GAUCGUGAUUUAGACAGAAGAUGAGAGAGGAUUGAUGGAGAUCAUCGUUCAAUCACUGAAACGAUAUAUAUGCAGAGAUCAUCAUCAUCGGAUUUUACAGUCUCUGUUUAAAAGACAUUCGCUCGAGAAGAAGAAGAAGAAGCAAGAAAUCGAGAGUUAUGAUCUGUUUUGUAUUUGAAUGUCUAUAAUAUUUAUACAUUAAUUCACCGGAGAUCUCAGCUCUUUUUCUGCAAUGGCAAUGGGUUUUGAUUUCAAUGAGAUGAAUAAAACGAAGAAAACUUUGAUUGGACUUGGCUUAGGACAAAUCCUCUCACUUCUAUGUACUUCUAUUGCCUUCACAUCCUCUGAGCUCGCCAGAAAAGGAAUAAAUGCUCCAACAUCACAAACCUUCCUCAGUUAUACAUUACUGGCAGUCGUCUAUGGAGGUAUCGUGAUGUAUCGAAGACCAACAAUUAAGGGGAAGUGGUAUCACUACUUCCUCCUUGCCUUAGUUGACGUGGAAGGCAAUUUUCUUGUGGUGAAGGCGAAUCAGUACACAUCGAUAACGAGUAUCAUGCUACUGGAUUGCUGGGCGAUCCCUUGUGUGUUGGUCUUAACUUGGAUUUUCCUGCAAACAAAAUACAGAUUGAUGAAGAUCAGUGGUGUGUUUAUCUGUAUUGCUGGUGUUGUCAUGGUACUCUUCUCUGACGUUCACGCAGGAAGUAGAGCAGGAGGAAGUAAUCCUGUUAAAGGAGAUUUUCUUGUUCUAGCUGGAGCAACUUUAUAUGCUGUCAGUAAUACCACCGAGGAGUUCCUUGUAAAGAAUGCAGACACAGUUGAGUUGAUGACCUUCAUGGGACUUUUUGGAGCCAUUAUUAGUGCUAUUCAGGUAGCCAUAUUUGAACAAGGUGAGCUCAAAGCUAUUCUCUGGUCAGCUGAUGCAAUUUUCCUUUUCCUUAGAUUCGCAAUCACGAUGUUUCUCUUCUACUCACUACUACCGGUUUUACUGAGGACCAAUGGUUCAACAAUGUUCACCCUCUCAUUGCUCACAUCAGACAUGUGGGCAGUUUUGACCCGCAUUUUCGCAUACCACGAGAAGGUGGAUUGGCUCUACUACUUGGCAUUUGCUACAACAGCUAUAGGACUAAUCAUAUACUCAAUGAAGGAGAAAGAUGAGGAAGAAGAAAGAGAGGAGCAGAGGAAGAAGCUGUUGGAUGAGAUUGAGGAGGCAGGUGAAACACUUCCAGACAGCCUUAUAGUUGCUUCCACCGGAACCCUAACCAAAGGGCUAUGAGAUAUUAGAGUUUUGUAUCAUGUUUGAAUAUGACUGGAUGUUUCAGCUUAUUUAACAACACCAACGUGAGUAAUUCGUGUACCAAACCAAAUCAAAACCCUAUGGUUGUCUUCUCGAAAAGCUCCAUCUCCAUAGAUGUCUUCUUGCCUCAACUUUUAUUCGUCUUUCCGAAUCAAAUUUGUGUUCCUUGUAACGGAGGCAACAAAUCAAUCUCCCUCUGUUUUUUAAAUUUCUAAUUCUAUCCCCAUAUUCUUUGCUAAUUACAUUUAAGGCAUCAAAUUAAUUAUAU